GGGGGGGGCGGCGGCGGCGGCGGCGGCCAGCGGGGACCCGGCCCUGCCCGCCCGCCGCGCCGCCCGCCUCAGGCCCCGCUGGUAACGGAGGGAGAGCGGCCGGAGCCCAGACGCUGCUGCCUGAGCUGCUAAGAGAGGGGCCGCCUCGGAGCCUCCUGCCACCCGCUGCAGCCCCCGGAGCAGGCGCCGAGCGCUGUGCACCGCCACCAGCUUGGAUCGGACGCCCCGCAGUGCCGCUGGCCACAGCCUGCCCUGGAGCCCAGCCACCCGGUGAGGGCGCUGGGACACGUGCCCGUGGGGUCGCACGCCUGCCACGCUCACACGUGCCCCGGGAAGCCCACCGCAGGGGCCGGACACGCGCAGCCAUGUGAUGCCGGAGGAGCGCGGCGAUGAUAUGGAAUGUGGGCAGCUGCCUGCGGACACGCUCCGACAGGUGACGGUCCUGCGCCACCCCCGCUACGGAUUCGGCUUCGUGGCCGGCAGCGAGAGGCCCGUGGUGGUGCGCUCGGUGGCAGCAGGUGGCCCCUCUGAGGACAAACUCCUGCCAGGAGACCAGAUUUUGGCCAUCAACGAUGAGGAUGUGAGUGAAGCCCCCAGAGAGAGGUUCAUCGAGCUCGUCAGGAAGGCCAAAGACUUCAUCAUCCUCACGGUCCUGCACACCCACCAGUCCCCCAAAUCCGCUUUCAUCAGCGCAGCCAAGAAGGCGAAGCUGAGGUCCAACCCGGCGAAGGUCCGCUUCUCAGAGCAGGUGACGGUCGGCGAGACAGACCCAGACAUGCUGAAGAAGGAAGCUCUCCUCCUCAUCCCCAACGUGCUGAAGGUUUUCCUGGAGAACGGGCAGAUCAAGUCCUUCACGUUCGAUGGCCGAACCACUGUGAAGGACGUGAUGGUGACGUUGCAGGACCGCCUGUCCCUGCGGCACAUCGAGCACUUCGCCCUGGUCCUGGAGUACUCGAGCCCGGAGCAGAGCCACCGCUUCCUGCUGCUCCAGGACAAGCAGCCGCUGGCCCACGUCGUGCAGCGGACGCACUACCACGGCAUGAGGUGCCUCUUCCGCGUCAGCUUCUUCCCCAAAGACCCCGUGGAGCUGCUGCGCCGCGACCCCGCAGCUUUCGAGUACCUCUACAUCCAGAGCCGCAACGACGUGAUCAGAGAGCGCUUCGGCGUGGACCCCAAGCCGGAGAUGCUGCUGGGGCUGGCUGCCCUCCACAUCUACAUCACCGUGGCGGCCACGCGGCCCAGCCAGAAGGUGUCCCUCAAGAACGUGGAGAAGGAGUGGGGCCUGGAGCCCUUCCUGCCCCCCUCGCUGCUGCAGCUCGUCAAGGAGAAGAGCCUCCGCAAAUCCCUCUCGCAGCAGCUCAAAGCCCACCAGAACCAGCCCGGCGGCACCAAGGUCUCCGCUGCCCAGGCUAAGCUGCAGUACCUGAGGAUCCUGAACGAGCUGCCCACCUUCGCCGGGGUCCUCUUCAGCACCGUGGGACUGGACGAGAAGCAGCCGGCCACCACGCUGCUGGUGGGCCCCCGGCACGGCAUCAGCCACGUCAUCGACCUCAAGACCAACCUGACCACCGUGCUGUCCGAGUUCAGCAAGGUCAGCAAGAUCCAGCUGUUCAGGGAGAACCAGGGGGUGGCCCGGGUGGAGACGAGCAUCCUGGACGCCAAGCCGCUGGUGUUGCUGAUGGAGUGGCCUGAAGCCACCAACUUCGCCUGCCUCAUCGCAGGUUACUGCCGUCUCCUGGUGGACUCCAAGAAGAUGAUAUUCUCCAGGCCCCCCAGCCAGCCCCCGCCGCCUCAGAUUAUCAAGGCAGAUUACAUCAACGCACACAACCUCCACCGGCCCACGGGGCACACGGGAAAGAAGGAGAGCGGGUUCGUGGGUGGCCCCGCCGCCAGCCCCGGCGAGGCCCGGGCUCGAGCGGCCAGGGCCUCGGACUCGGAGCUCGUCAGCUUUUGCUACCUGCACAUGCGAGAGCAGAGAAAGGAGAGAGAGAGCAGGACGGAUAUCAACGAAAACCUGAUCUUUUUCGAGGAAACUCGUCCCAGGACCAAAUCCGACCCCACCUCCAAGAGCUCUGGCCAAGGCUAUGACGGGGCUGCCAACGAGCACGACCCGGACGGCCUCGACCGAGAGCGGCACGCCAGCCGGGCCCGGGCACACACCAUCGACACCCACCCGCGGGGCGACGCCGCUCACUUCUACUGCGAGUCCUGCAAGGCCAAAAUCAAGAGCCGGCUGGCCCUGCGCAAGGCGGGCAAGCCCGGCGGCGCCCGUGACAACAUGGUGGACCUGAUGUCUCUUCCCCCUCCCGGCAGCGAUGAGGAAGAGGACGAGACGACGUCCCUGCUCCCUGCCAUCGCCGCCCCCCCGCCCGGCUUCCGCGACAACAGCUCGGACGAGGACGACCCCAAGCGCCGGGCGGCCGCCCAGGGCCAGGAGCAGGGCCGGCACCUCUGCGGCAUCCUCUACGACGAGAUCCCCGUCACGCUGAUAGACAGCGUGCAAACGCGGACGGUCCGGGACCAUGCCCAAGAGCUGGACGAUGCCCUGGUGUCCACCCUGCAGGCGCUGGAAGCCCUGGCUGCUUCAGAGGAUUGUCCGCAUCCCCCGCCGCAACAGACAGCAGGUCUUAUUGUUCUGGCCGCCAUCACGCCUGAGUCAUCCUUGGAUUCUGGCCACGAGACCAACUCCUCAGAGCUAACCGAUGUCUCGGAGAUGGUCUCUGCUAUGAAGCAGCAUCAGAACGCAGCCUACUUCCUUGCUCAGCACAUCAACAAAGAAAACCUCCUGGCCAGAAAGGACUUGCCUUUCCGAAUCCAGAGCUGUGCAGCCCAGGCUGUUCUCACCACGCCAUAUGCCCUCAGCCGCCAGGAGCCAAACUCUUCAUUGAAGCCAGCUUUCUCUCACCAAAGCCCCAACCUUACCAACUGCAAGAGCAAACAGGAGCAGCAGAAUGCUGAGCGGAGCUACGGCUCGGCUGUCCAGCCGGUGCUGACCCCCCUGCUGAGUGAGCAGAACAGGGGGGCUCCAGCGCCAGGCUCUGAAUGCAAAGGUGCAGGCCACACAAAACCUGCCUUUGAGGUAUCUCUGCAUGCCACAGCAGCCCCGAGCAGGGAGCAGGCACAGGAUCUACAAGAGAAGAUGACCAAAGAGGUUAAGCCGAGCCCCAAGCUCCUCCCAGAUCAAAAGAGUGGCGUGACUACAGCCAUCAUUUCAGCUGCUCUGCAGCAAGUGGCAAAUGCACAAGGCUCAGCUCCCCAGGCAGCAGCAGCCUCAAAAGAAGACAAGAAGGUGAACGGGACCAGCAGCUGUGCAUCAGCCAGCAACAAGCCCUUGAAACUUAAAGGAAGUCAACAAACUUCAGAGCCGUUAUGCAACUGCCAGCAGCAGCAGCAACUCUCUCAGCAGCAGCAUAGUGAAGUUUCUUCAAGUCCUAAAGAAGCUCACAGCAGUAAGGCUGAAGCUUUCCACCUCACCUCAGCAGGUGAGGAAUUGAUGCCCGGUAAGACUUUUGCCUCUAAAAGCUACCAGCAAAAAGUGAGUCGAGAUGCCCCAGGAAAAGCAGCGUGUGGAGAAACAGGGCAGAAGGCAGGUGGGGAAACCAUGAACCUCAUUUUUCAGAAACACACAGCUCCUUCAAACCAAGCAGAGAAAACGCAACAGGAAAGUUCAGCCAAGACCUUAAAAGCUGAGAGUAGCAAUCUGCACUCUCCGUCACCUGUUAGCACUUUCAGGAGCACCAGUGAGGAUUCCAAGGGGCCAAUCCAGCUAGUGCCCAGGUCUGAGAGCCUGCAGGUCAGCACCGUGCCUUCCAAAAAAGUAGAAAAGGUCCUGGAGGUGACCCAACCAGAUAUUGAUGUCCCAGCUAAACCCAAAGCUCCCAAAGCUCCCUUCAGGUUUAGGAACCUGUUCUCUGCAACAUUUCCUACCCGGCUGAAGAAGGAGACGGACGAGCGGCAAGCCCAGCUGCAGAAAGUGAAGCAGUACGAGCUAGAAUUCCUGGAAGAGCUGCUCAAGCCAAAGAGCAAAAGUGACCUCCCACCACAGGAGUAUCUACACCCUCCUGCUCCUGGACGCUGCAGCUGCCAGCUAAGGAGCAGUCCUGUCCAAAAAGUCCCCGGGAUGUCCAGGGAGCAGAGGCGCAGCUGUGACUGCAAGCGGAUCUGUAGGGGGGUGAGGCCACCGAUGGUGAUGCCAGAACUGGAGAGGCAAGGGAGGGAUAAAGUUGCCGAUGACCAGAAGCAGGCAGGAGCGAUUAGGUUGACAAGCAUGAGCAGCCCUUCCAAAGGCAAGCGGAUACGAUCUACGAGUUUAGAGUCCAGGGACUACCGGUCAGAUCCAGAAAACAGCAUGUCAUGUUUGACAACGUGUGCUUCCCGAGGGGAAUGCAUGGGUGCUCCACACUACAAGAAGCUCUUGCGCCGCUACAGUGUUAGUGAAUUGGAUAAGACUGAUAGGACAUCCCUGUCCUCUGACAUCUACCAAAACAUCUAUCCAGCCACGCAGAAAGGCCCUCAGAAAGAGCCUGAGCCCAGCAUCCUUUGUCCCGUUUUGAAGAGCAAAAUCCAGGAAGCCUCAGGAGUGGCUGACCCAUCCUAUGUCCAAAUAGCACAGGAGAAAAAGAACCAGAAAGGUUCAGCGGUGUUCUCUGUCCAGGAGGAGUUGUAUCCAAGUCCCGCAGAGCUGCGGGAUGAAGACAUGGAGGACGAGAAGUGCUGCUCCAUCCGGUACUGCUUCUACUACAGGAAAUGUGAUGUCGCAGAUGAUGGGAGCGAGAAAGAUGAGCUGUCCUACUCCAUCCCCAUGCAGAUACUGCCGGGAAUGAAGCUGGACAAUCAGAUGGUGCCGGUCAUGAGCAGGACCCUUCAGGUCCUCGAUGCAACAGCCUGCAGCAGUCCCAAUGACAGUCAGACCCAGGAAAUAGAUUUAAGGACCUCCACUUUUGAGGGGAGCCUGGCAAAGAUCAACACCCUUCGAGGCCAUGCCUACAGCUUGCCCAACGGCUUUCUGCAAGUGCAGCUGGAUACCAAUGAGCUCCUGACUAUCCUGCGGCAGUGCGUGGUGAGCCCUGAUGCCCGGGACUGCAAGCCGUACAUCUCCCAGCUGGCUGAGUACAAGCAAGAGCUCGCCCUCAAGUUCAAGGAGUUCCGGGCGUCCUGCCGCCGAGUGGCAGCCGUGGACAAGAGCCCUACCCACAUGCUCUCGGCCAUCACAAGCAGCUUCCAGGUGCUAAGCAGCCUCAUCGAGACGUUUGUGAGGCUGGUGUACAUCGUGCGCUCCGAGUCCCAGCGGCAAGAGCUGCUGACCAAGGUGGAGGAAGUGGUGAGAAACUACACUUUCCUCCUGAGGGCUGCCGAGGAGUCCACGGCCAGAACGCUGAGCCACCAGCAGACCGUGGAGCAGCUCGCCCGCCAGUCAGCCACGGUGGCCACUGUUAUGAGCACGCUCACGCGCUCCCUAAAGACGCUGAUCAAUAAGUAAACCAGCUCCGAAAGCCAACAAGCCAGCGUGUGCCGGGCUGUGUCGGUGGUUCUCGUGUCGCCUGAGUCUGGUGAGGAUGUGUGUCUGCAGGGAAAGCCCCCGUCCGGUGGGGUUUGCGGCGGAAAAGACAUCGUUUUAUUUCUCUGCAGAAGGGAUGGUUGUGUUGGUGGUGUUCUGGAAGGUAAAGCCGUGCCCUGAUGCAAGCUGCACAGCCAGCUUGUCAGGGGUCUCAAGCAGCUGCUCUGCUUGCUCUCCCAUGCUGGCUUGUCAGUGACUGGCUUGUCAGGGACGGAGGCAUCGUCACCCCGUCCCCACGCUAGUCUGGUUCCGUGUGGUUCUGGGCCUCCCUAGUGCAAAGACCUGACACUGUCUCCCUUUGCCACGGUGCGUGCUGGCCAGCAGUUAGCAGGAACUGAGGGGAGAUCUCCCGGCUUCACUUGGGCAGGGGUCCAGCUGGAGCCAAACCAGUGUCUUGCCACGUAAACAGAUCUUCUGCCUCCAGGGUCUUCCUGGCCCAGAGAUGCAAUGUCAUGAGCAGCAGAAGGCAUCUCUGGGAUGCAAAUUCCCCUCUGCUGCUGUGCUAGGGCUCGGGAAGCCCUAGCACGGGGAGGAUGCAAUGAUCCUGGGACAGGGCUCGGUCCCCCUCACGGGCUCUACUCUCUCAGCUUAUGCAGCGAUGCCCCUGUCCUGAGCACAGGCACCGCCUGCGCAGAAGGCAAUAGCUGGAUGUGUGGGAGCAGGGAGCCAUUCGCCAUCCCCUGCUGGAUGGCCACGUCCACGGUAGAAAGCCUGCAGAGACCUGGAUUGACCUGUGACCAUUGCAAGCCAGAAGCUGGGCUGGCAGCUAAGAGGAGGCCUCUUCCACGCCAUUCUCCAGAGGUCAGGCCCAUGCCUCAGAGGCUCAGCCCAAACCCUCUCCUGCUUCCGUUCACAGUGCCCGUAAGAGAGGAGCCCCAGAUCAGGUUGGUCUGAAGCGAGGCUUCCUCCUGAGCUAGGCAGUGCUGCUGCCGUCUGCCAAAGGAGCUGCCCUCCUCGCCAGGGGGCCGGGAUCCUUUUUCUGUCUCCACUGGACUGACUGACUGCCAUGAGAAGCAUUAUUUAGUACGUGAUGGUUAUUUAUUUGGAGUUGGGUUAGUUUUGGGUUUGUUUGUUGUUGUUGUUUUUUUUUUUUUUUUUGGUUGGUUUGGUUUGGUUGGUUGGUUUUGGUUUGUUUUUUACUUCCAGGUGAAUGGUAAAACGAUUCCUAAUUGUUUUCCCCCACGCCCCAAGGUUCCCGCCCUCCUCCCAGCCUCGCUCCUAGACAACAAUCGAUCAGACCGCCUUAACUGGUGCUUCAGCGCACUCGCCCUCCCUCCAAAACGCAGCGAGGAGGAGAACAUGCAAGGUUCUGCGUUGCAUUGCCCUUACAGUGCCACCCACCGCACUUCACGCACACGGGGGGGAACAGGGCUGCGGGGCUCCCCGCGCCUCCCCCCGCACCAUCUCCAGCUGGAAGGGGAGAUCACGGCGCUCGCCCCGCGGCGCGGCCGUCGGGAGGGAGAAGGGUUGGCAGACCUCGCAAGCGUGCCCCACCUUGCGCACAGGGCUGAUCAGGGAUCUCCGUAUGGUCGAUCACUUCCCAUCUCUGUUAUUUUAUUUUUUUAUAAAUACGCACAUUUGAAAUCUCUUGUUCUUCCAUAAGAGUUAUGGAAAUGCACAAUGUGCUUUUAACACGCGCAUCCUCUACUGAGUGCAAUAACGUCCCCUGGCCCGCGGCUGCCCCGGACUUUGGCUGUUGCUGUCAGCAAGGCAGAGAGGAUCCUGCUGUGUGGACAGAGCACCCUCCUGCCUCCUGCUUUCAAGAACCAUGUAGCAAAUAUUCGGUGGAAGAGCCAAUUCGGAUUUCAGCCCAUGGUGGGCAAAGCCUGUUAUAAUGCUGAAGGCCAACUGGGAGCUCUGUUUUUCUUUUCCCCGUGAAUUAUCUAUUAUGAAACUCUGAGUUUCCUCAAGCUCCCUGUUAUGCCUAUAUCAUUUCUCCAUAAAUCUCUCAGUCUAAUACACAGGAAAAUUUUUUUAUUGUCUGUAUAUAGUAUAUAUAAAAAUAUAUAAAUUAUAUAUAUACACAAAUUUAUGUCUUGUUUUACAAACAAGAAAGAUUAAAUAUAUUAAUCUUAAUAUCCAAA